AUGGGCGUUGACAUCGAAACUAAGGUACAGGGAAAUGGAAAGAAGCCAGGAAAGGGACAGACUGUCUCUGUUCACUAUGUUGGAACGUUGACCAACGGAACUGAGUUUGACUCAUCUCGCAAGAGAGGCAAGCCAUUCGAGUUCGUCCUCGGCAGGGGUCAGGUUAUCAAGGGAUGGGAUGAGGGUGUUGCCCAAAUGACCCAGGGUGAGAAGUCCAUCUUGACCAUCUCCCCAGACUUUGGAUACGGUGCUUCUGGUAUCGGAGGUGUCAUCCCAGGUAAUGCCACUUUGAUCUUUGAGGUUGAGUUGCUUUCAUUCAGA